AUGCAAGCCGCACACGAAGUUUCAGUUGCAGAUCAGCCGCAAGAUCCAGGUCAAGCAAAAGGCUGGACGCGAGCGGAAACGCAGUUCGUCCUGGACGCAAUAAUGUUUGGAAAGUAUUAUAAUGAGGAGCUUGAGAACGGCGGCCUGCCACAUCAUGAUCUUCUUACAAUGAACAUCCUUGCAGAUUUAUUCCGCCAACGAUUCGGGAAAUCCAUAGACCAAAUGCAGAUGCACGAAAUAACUCAGAACGCCGGCUAUGGUAGAAACACCUACACUAGAUGGUGCCGUCGGUUCGUAGAAUAUCUACGCGAAAACGAGGGAGGAAAGCAAUAUGUCUCACCGGAGCUUGAAGCUAAAUUGUUUCCCGCAGACACUAAGCACGAGGAAAAGGGAAGUUUAUAUGCGAGAAAAGAUACCAAGCAAUACGAAAUCAGCAAUCAGGAAGCCUUAAGAACUGCCGAGGAGAUGAAUCCGUAUCGCGAAAUCCAAUCACUUUUCCCCGCCCUUUGCAACAAACGCUGGACGGUACCCGAGUGGGAAUGUCUUCGAGACGUCAUGGCGGUUGAGCCACUGGGAACCAAAAAAGGUGUUGCGAUGUUGAUGAAGUAUUACGAGGAGGUGGAUUGCCCUGAGGAGCAGCUAGCGGAAUAUUGGAAAGUGAACAAGCACCGUAUUUGGGACCACUUUUCCAUUGCACGUCCCGGAAGAUUCAACGCAAAAUGGCAUAUCGAAAGACAAAAGCAUGCCUGGGAGUUCGGAAGUGAAGAAUGGGACACCGGUGCUGCGGUUGAGGACAGCUUCUAUUCGAAAGACCGUCUUGAACAAAUACGUCAAUCUAAAGCCGCAGGGGGCAGCUGA